GACGUUCCCCAUACAGCUAGUAGUCACGCUUAACUCCGUCCACCAUGAAUGGCUUGAUAUCAAAGAUAAUAUUAGUGGUGAUGGCGGGUGUAGGCGCCGUGCACGCCCACGGGUACAUGUCUUCACCCGCCGCCCGCAACUCCGCCUGGAGGUUUGGCUUCAGGACGCCCACCAACUACAACGACAAUGAGCUUUUCUGUGGAGGUCGAGAGGUGCAGCACAGGAGGAACGGGGGCCAGUGCGGCGUGUGCGGGGACAACUGGCGGGCGCCGGAGCCGAGGCCUCACGAACGGGGAGGACAGUAUGGCGGCGGCGUCAUCACCGCCAGCUACACUGAGGGUCAGGUCGUCCCCGUCACCAUACACAUCUCUGCCAACCACCGGGGAUGGUACGAGUUCAGGCUGUGCAACAACAACAACCCCAUGGCGCGGGACUCUCAACACUGCCUCAACAAGCAGUUACUGUCCUUGGCUGAUGGCUCCGGCACCCGCUACACCCUGAACGGUUCAGUCCGCGGCGACCACAUCGUCUACGUCCAGCUGCCGCCUCGCCUCUCCUGCACCCACUGCGUACUCCAGUGGACUUGGGUCGCAGGAAACUCUUGGGGUACCUGUCCGGACGGUUCUGGGAAAACUGGCUGCGGACCUCAAGAAACAUUCGUUAACUGCGCCGACAUCAGCAUCCUUCCUAAACACUACAGCGUGAAGCCUCACUUGAGCGUCAAGCCCACCUGGAGCAGGUGGGGGUAAUGGCCGACCUGGUAUGCUUCUUGCCCUUGUCUCCAGCACCCUCUCUGUCUUCCACCUGUAGCAGUCGCAAACUAGCCCCACCUUCACGCCUUCAAGGCGUCCUACACAUCUCCAAGACGUCCUCCACAUCUCCAAGGCGUCCUUUACAUCUCCAAGGCGUCCUCCACAUCUCCAAAGACGCCUUCACGCCCUCAAGGUCGUCCUCCACAUCUCCAAGACGUUGUGUGUGCUCUUCUUGUAACUUAUUUUAGCCGGUCAUGAAUAUUAGCACUUUAACUCCCAAGUUUGUUUUCUUAUAAUUGCUGAGCUUUGGAAAACUGCACUUACUGCCUUCGAGUGAGUAUGAUCAUUACUGAGGGCUGCCCUCUGUGACUGUCACUCCUGAUA